CGUGCCGCUUUUGGUCCAAUUUUCGGUUGAACCGGCCGGUACGAUCCGGUUUCCUGGUCUAUGGUUUGAAGUCAACUUGGUACCGAAAAUAAUGGAGUUCAAUAAAUGGAGGUGCCGAAAAAGAAUUUCAACUUGAAUUUUUGGUUGAAACAUACGGAGAGUGGUGGCUAUUGGAUCUUUAGGUUUAUGGUUUUUGAAGCUAUGGCGACCUAAUUACAUCUUAAAACAAGGAAUCAUCGAUUGAUUUACUGAUGUAGGUCGAUCAAUUCUUCAUUCAACCUACUGGAGCUGAUAGAGAAGGAGUGUCUAAUUUUGUUUCUUAUUAUUUUGAUCGAGUCUAUUAGUAUAUUGGAGAUAACCCUAAUUUGGUGUUUGCUCUCAACUUGUGAUGGUCCCCUUUUAGCUGAGUUGUUAGCAUAUAGUUUAAUUUAAUCAACAACUCUCUAUUUCUUUUUGAUUAGUGGAAUAUUGUUCCUAAAAUGAAAGCAUUGAACCUUUAUGUAGGAUUGCGAGGUUUAAGAUUUAGUUUCAAACUAUCUAUGGUUCGUGAGGGAAUUUCAGUGAGCUUUUAUACUCUAUCUUUCUUGAUAAUCAACUAACCAAAUGCAUUUUACCGGGGACUUAAUUAUCAUUAUGAAAAUGAGAUCAAUGAUACAUUUUAUAUUUCUUCAAAUGUUCGGUCUAUAUAUUCUUUCUAUAUGUAACAUCUCGAUCGAAGGAUUGUCAAUAAAAUUAAACGGGUUGAUAGACUUAAACGUAAGAUAAAAAUAUAAAUAAUCAAAUAUGAAUAUUCCGACCAACUGGUCGGGUUAUAAGCUAAUAUAUAUAAUUGCUUCCUAAUUAAUUGCUUCCUAAUGACAAGACUAAUUAAAUGCAGCCCCUAAUACUAAUCUUCUUUAUUGCUAAUAAUACUAACCCUUUUAAUUCAAGUAAAUAACCCCUUUUUCGUUGAAUAAGUUAGUAACUUUGGGGUGUAAUUUUGUAGAAAUAAAAAAAAUCAUGCUAAUUAAUUCGAGAACAAAAGUCAUAUUAGUUAAUUGAUUUAAUCUAUGAUACAACUCAAUUUGACAAGCAGAAUCUAUAGCAUCUGAAUCAAUAAUAGUGUUUUUAUCAUUGAUUAUGUCAUAUUUACGUAUAUUUUUUUGUCUGAAUUAAAAAAAAUUAUCGAAAUGUUCUCCUUAAUUAAUUAUUAGUACCUAAAUAAAAAAUACUGAACAAAGUUUGUAAUUAGAAUGAUGAAAUCUACACUAAAAUGAAUUAUGAGUUAAAGUGGGAUUGUGAAAUUCUAAACUCUUGGAACUUACCACUAAUGUUAAACACUUUUAGAUGGGCUAGAAUUUGAAUUCCAGCCCAAAAUUUAGAUUUUUGGAACUUAGCACUAAAGAUGGUCUUAAAAGUUCUAAAACAUACAAUUAUCUUGGCUGCCUGAGUAUCCAUUGAUAGAUGUGUAGCGACACUGACAUUACAACUGUAUUGGAACCUACCCUUAUAAUCAAGGAAACCAAAACCGAUUCCACCUACUUCCUAUGAACCAAACAGUCAGAAUUCUAGAAAUCAAGCAAGAACAACCAGUCAAAAGCCAGACAGUACUUUCACCUUCAACUUCAACCAACCUGCAUACAUUCACAUAAUUCCUCUUCAAAACCACAACUGCAAAUCCGAUCCCUCCAUACCUUCAAUCCAAAAACAACAUUUUACUCAUUUAUAACAUCCACAACUGGGCACACAAAAGCACAUUGAUGGCACUAGUGGUGCAGUGGUACGAUUUCGUGUGUUUUGGGAUUGUUGCUGCUGCUUUCAUGGGAUCACUGUGGACUCUGUGGACAAAGGAAGGAGUUCCAACUCCAGACUCACCAUCACCAUCUCCAGCUUUCCACCAGGCCAAUGAGUUCGAUUCGGAUUACUACGAGAGUCUCCUCGAAGGAGUGGAUCGAGCCCGCGACAACAAGUUUAUGAUAACCCAGCUAUGGAGUUGCUGCUGGAAAGGUGUGCACCCUGGCUGGUUACUUGCCACUCGUUGCAUUUCCCUUGUGGCUAUGGUUGGAAUCUUGGUCUGGGAUAUCCUUGAUUGGACUGCUUCCAUAUUCCUUUACUACACUGAGUGGACAUUCGCGCUCGAGAUUGUUUACUUUGCGUUGGCAACUGCAAUGUCUGCAUAUGGUUGUUGUUGUUGUUGGGGAUACAACAAGCAGCAAUCACCAGCUGGCAAUGGAGAUUGCGACGAGGCCUACGAAAGGGCGGUGCUGCAGCAGAAGAGGAAGGAGAAAGGGAAAGGUCUUGUUAGGGAUACCAUAAUCGAUAUCGAACCUCGCAGUCAUCAUCAUCAUUCUGCUGAUGAGCAAGGGAGAUCAGCAGGAUUCAUGGGAUGCCUUAUGCAGACCAUUUAUCAGACUUGUGCAGGAGCUGUAAUCUUGACUGAUGUUGUGUUCUGGUGUCUUAUCCUGCCAUUUGAAUCCAACCAACAUUUUCAAUUGACCAUGUUGACUGGGCUCAUGCACUCUGUGAAUAUUGUCUUCCUGAUCAUUGAUACAGCUCUCAACAGCCUUCCGUUUCCAUGGUUCCGGAUAGCGUAUUUUGUGCAGUGGAGUUGCAUCUACAUUGUUUUCCAGUGGGUUCUUCACGCCUGUGGUCUUUCAUGGUGGCCUUACCCGUUCUUGGAGCUGAGUACGCCAUGGGCGCCAUUAUGGUACUUCUGCUUGGCUCUGGUGCACGUCCCUUGCUAUGGGAUUUAUUUUCUCCUUGUGAAACCCAAAUACUCGAUCCUCCCCAAAUGGUUCCCCGCUGCUUUUGUUCUUAUUAAUUCUUCAUUCUGAUUCUCUUCCCUAUUCCUGAAAGAUACUGGUUGGACUUAACGGUGGAUCCAGAAUAGGGUAGAGUACUAGGCCACAUUUGAAAAAGAGACGGAGAGAACUAGGCCGUAACCCGACGAGAACAUAAACGAAUACCUAAAAUCGGAAAUUUACGAGAGCUAUACUAGCUCCGAAUUCGGGGAGGGCUGGGCCAUAGCCCGAGGGCGGCCCCCCCUUGAUCCGCCGCUGGUUGGACUGUAUGGUUCAAAUUUACAGUAGUUCACGUGCUUUCAUCGAUUCCUUCCUAUACAUAAUUUUAAUGAUUUGUUUUGUGACGACGAUAAUUCUUAACGCAUCUAGACAUUUCGUACUAUCUUUGUCACGAUAAUCUUAUUGAGGUCCGCGUUGUUAGCAAUAGCACGUUGAUCUUUUUGUUGGUACAUAUCAUCAUAGCAUUAGAGGACAACACAACAACUAAUCUGAUAAAUAAAUAAAGGGUUAAUUGCAUGGUUGGUCACUGAGAUUACAAAAAACGUUCAUGUUUG